GUUACAGGAGGAGUAUUCUCUGGGUCAGCAAUAGCGCGGAAUCCAUUGGGAUUCAUAAUUCACAUUUCAUAUCAAUUGGGAUAUAGUGCAGAGUGCAUAGAAAAUUGAACUCUUGAGAAUGUAUAUUAUUGAUUACUUUUUAACCGCAAGAAAUACCUUGACGUAGUUUUGUAACCAGUGGCACGUAUAAUUGUGAAUAGUUGUUGUUGUGGAACAGGUAGGGCAUUCCAACCUUGACUCUCAAAAAUAUAGGCCAAUCUGGUAUUGCAUUGCGGUGGAAAACGGAACACAACUUUUGGUGGUUUAUUCACAUCUACGCACUAGGACUAUAACUUACUAAAACCCCUGUACAGAUUAAAGAGUAUUCAAUCAAACUUUGCUGAGCUAUCGGGGUUAUGUACUGGUGUAGCAGAGGUUAGGCCUAUCAUACACCCCGUCUAGAGUAGUCAUCAUGCAGUCUCAGACAAGAGUGUUGAUAUUUGUCGCCGUGUUCGUGGGUAUCGGUUCGUUCGUGUUUGGAAUUCUUAUCGGACAUUUCGGCAUCCCCGACGGUUCGUGCUCUACCUCGCCGUCGUCGUCGCAACCGACCACCACACCGACCGAAAAUGAGACCAUUAGCGAGCUGAUGAUCGCGGAGUGUUCGGCAGAAAACAUAGAGGAGAAUGUUAGACAAUUAAGCAGACGACCUCAUAUGGCGGGAACACCAGCUGAAAAGGAGAAUGCUGAGAUGCUUGUCGAUCUCUGGACCGAGUACGGAUUCGAUUCGGUUCGGUUACUAUCCUACGAUGUACUCUUAGCUUAUCCGGAUCCGGAAAAUCCGAACAAGGUGAUGAUAACAGACAAUGGAGUACCUGUCUUCACCAGUGCUCUGACCGAGGCUGUUCUCCGACCUGAGGAUAAUGAUACAGAUGCUGUACCACCGUUCAAUGCAUACUCAGCACAGGGAGAACCAGAGGGUCCUCUGGUCUACGCCAACUAUGGCACUGCUGAUGAUUUCGACUGGCUUGCCAAGAAUCGACCUGAUAUCGAUAUCAACGGGGCAAUCGUCAUCGUCAAAUAUGGAAACAACUUCCGUGGACAAAAGGUUUAUAACGCACAAAAAGCAGGUGCUGCAGGAGUCAUUAUGUAUUCGGAUCCGGUCAACCAUGCACAUGAUGGUACCGAGGCGGUCUAUCCGAAUGAUUGGUGGCUACCGGAUAGCGGUGUGCAAAGGGGAAACGUGUUUGUUGGAAGUGGAAAAGGAGAUCCGGUUACUCCCGGGUAUCCGGCUAAACCAUUUAUGUACCGGUUAAACGAAUCGGAUCCCUCAUUACCCACAAUCCCGGUUCAUCCGAUCUCAUAUGGUGAUGCACAACAGUUGUUGAGUGAACUUGCAGGUGACGAGGUUCCUGAUGCUUGGAAGGGAGGUCUCAACAUCACAUACAGAUUCGGACCAGGUUUCACUAAUCCCAACAGAAAGGUGAAAAUGAGCAUACAUACUUCAAGAGAGUUUCGAACCAUCUACAACGUAAUUGGUGUCAUCAACGGAUCAGUUGAACCAGAUCGAUACGUGUUGCUUGGCAACCACCGUGAUGCUUGGGUUUACGGUGCAGUCGAUCCAUCCAGUGGUACAGCCAUUCUCAUGGAGACAACAAGGGUCUACUACCAGAUGCUAAGUCGAGGUUGGCGGCCACGAAGAUCUGUGAUGUUUUGUAGUUGGGGAGCUGAGGAGUAUGGUCUGAUAGGAUCUACCGAGUUCGUAGAGGAAUACCAAAAAAUACUUGGCGAGAGAGCUGUGGCUUAUAUCAACAUAGACAGUGCUGUGGUCGGAAACUACACAUUUGGGGCAAGGGCAACGCCUCUUUUGCAGCAAGCUGUUUGGGACGCAGCCAAACGGGUCCCUGAUGGUGAGACUCAAGAGCGGUCAGCCUAUGAUGUCUGGUUGGAACGCGUUCCCGAUCCUAGGACCGGAAAACCUUUCACAGCAGUGAUCGGAUCGGGAAGUGAUUACGCCCCGUUCAUGCACAGGAUCGGAGUCCCAUCAACUGAUCUUCUGUAUGUCUACGACUUCAUAAGACUAGGACUAUCAUCUUAUCCCGUGUAUCAUUCUGUGUAUGAAAACUUUUACUACGUGAAGAACUUCUUGGAUUGGAACUUUUGGCGCCAUCAGACUGUUGCGAGAGUUUAUAUUGAACUCUCGCGAGAUCUCGCAGAUUCCGUUAUUCUUCCGCUCGGGAUUGUGGAUUAUGCCGCCAAUCUUCGUCUGGCCUCCCUCGGCUUCGAAAGGAACUUUGGAACACUUUUGAGCCAAAAUGGCGUCGUUUUGGAUGAUUUGAAUUCAGCUCUGAAUAAUUUCUCCGCAUCUGCGCAUAAUUUUGAAAGGCAACUUACUGAUAUCGAUUUGAACGAUGCCAAUUCAUUAAGACGUGUUAAUGAUCAGAUGAUGCAGCUUGAACGGGCUUUUAUUGAUCCAGCCGGGCUACCGGACAGAAAAUGGAUAAGACAUAUCAUCUAUGCACCAAGUAGUGUCGAUUCCUAUGCCGGUACGGAGUUUCCUGCCGUUGUCGAUUCUUUGUAUCUCAUUGCAGACGACCCCGAUCAACAGGCUCGAUGGGACAAUGUGAAAAAGCAACUCGCCAUAUUAACAUUCACGAUCCAAUCAGCAGCCAGUACACUCAAUGACGUCACACAACUUUAACGGAAAUGACAUCACACAAGAGAGAGGUCAAUUACAUUGACCCUAUGAUACUGCUCACUGAUUAUAAAUAAGACUACUUCUGUGACUACUAUUCAAAGUCAUCACUUGUUACAUAAUUGAUUAAAAACCUCUGUCUACAGAUGAAGAAAAUUGUAUUCUUUUCAAUUUAAUUUCGUAUGAAUGAAAUAUAUAAAGCCCAAAUGAUGAAAAUAGAGAGGAAAUUCAUAUUAUUGUAAAUUCAUGAUCUCAGAUCUGUACAGUGAUCAUCAUGUUUGGGACUAUUCACUACCAUUUUAAAUACCACCUCGUGUGACCUUGAUCAUUUAUUCUGGGCUGUGGUUUAAUCGCUAUAACAUUUUAGUUAGAUUAGAAAUAUUGUUUGUAUCACUUAUUUCUUCUUGGAAUUAACCUUUCUUUCUAUUAUUAUUUUCUUAUGUCAUUUUAGAUGUUUAUUGGUAUGUAUGAUGGUGUAUUGUUUCAGUAUGUAUGUGGAUACAUAGUUUUCGAUACAACCUAACAAGUUGCUGUAAAUAUAACUAUAAAAUUUUAUUUGUACUAGUAAACUUGAUAUAUUCUACUCAAAAAUUUACAUUGAUAUCCAUACGGAGUUGAUAGUAAAACUUAAAUUCAUUUAAUCUACAAAAAUGCUGUUUUUUCUUAAAGUUUGCAUUAUACUUUUAAAGUUUAAAGCAAACUAGAAUAAUGUAAGAAUUUAUAGAUAAUAUAGAACGUAUUAUAAUCUAGAGACUAGUGUAAUCAUUCAGACUAAUUUACAACAUAUGCUGGGAAAUUUCUUACAUCGCUUUAGACUGAGCUUUGUCAUUUCAUCAGAAUACAUGCACGUCUUAUAAACCCAAGUAUCCGCUUGAGAGCGAUUGAUUACUUGAUCCCACCCCCUCCUGUGCCGAGCAUGCGCACAGAUUAGAUGUAAAGACUUUUACCCCAUCUAAUUCAGAAUGAGUACUUUGUAUUUACGAUCUCCUUCAUAUAAAUAUGUUGUCAGAUGGGAUAUAGAUUGAUUUUGAUAUUAAUAUUUCAAUCAUUAAAGUACUAUUUGAAUUGGAA